AGCAAGUCAUUGCCGUGUUUGACCUCAACUCAAAGCCAAGCAGCGUUGUACUCACACACGACACAAAUACACGCCAACGCAACUCACGGCAUAGCACAGCACGCAUAAACGAACUCAGAUUUCAUUCUCUCUCGCACUUUCAUUCUCCAACUUCUUUAUGCUAAUCCCCUUCCCCUCUCAUCACUUUUCUCUUUCACCACUCAAGAUUAUUUUCAUCGCCCAACACAAACAUGACACGAACUAAUGGGAAUGAUGCCAGAGCCGUUAACAACACUUUCGAAACUAUAAACGCUGCUGCUUUUGCCAUAGCCUCUGCCCAGAAUCGCGUUAUUCAACCUCCUUCCCAGAAGAAAAGAUGGGGAAACUGGUUGAGCAAAAUUGGGUGUUUUGGAUAUCAGAAAAACCGAAAGCGCAUAGGGCAUGCUGUGCUUGUUCCAGAAACAAUCCCCAAUGGAGCUGAUCCUGCUGCAGCUGUUAGUUCAACUCAAGCGCCUAGUAUAACACUUCCCUUCGUUGCGCCUCCUUCGUCACCUGUAUCUUUCUUUCAAUCAGAACCUCCUUCAACUGCACAAUCACCAGUUGGUAAAUUAUCUCACACUUGUGUGUCUGCCAGCAUGUACUCUCCUGGUGGCCCUGCCUCAAUCUUUGCCAUUGGCCCUUAUGCUCAUGAAACUCAAUUAGUCUCACCACCUGUUUUCUCAGCUUCCUCCACUGCUCCUUUCACUCCACCGCCCGAAUCCGUCCACAUGACCACGCCUUCUUCGCCCGAGGUUCCAUUUGCUCAGCUACUAGACCCCAAUAGGAACGGUGAAACCUUUCAGAGGUUCCAAAUAUCUCACUAUGACUUCCAAUCCUAUCAGUUUCAUCCCGGAAGUCCUGUUGGUCAACUGAUAUCACCAAGAUCUGCCAUCUCAGCUUCCGGCACCUCAUCUCCACUCCCUGACUCUGAAUUUAAUGCCACUUUCUCCCAUAUCCUUGAUUUCCAAAGAACAGACCCUCCCAAGCUUCUCAACUUAGAUAAACUAUCUGCUUAUGAAAAGCAAAAAUCAAACCAAGGUUCUGGAUCUUUGACCCCAGAUGCUGCAAGGUCCACAAGUCAAACUGGUUUUCUUUCAAAUCAUUGGGUUUCUGAGAUCAAAAUGUCUCCACAUCCAAGCAAUAAUCGCCUGAGUGAGAUUAGUAUUAACCACAGGGUUUCAUUUGAAUUAUCCUCCCAAAAAGUAUUGAAAUCUCUUGAGAACAAGCCUGCAGCAUCAGCAUGGACUAAGGUCCUGUCAAAACUGAAAGAUGAUGCAGCAACAGCUGACAAAGAAGAAAAUUCUGUAGAAACAGAGCGUGAUGACAAACAAGUCCUUGCUGAAAAUCCCAAUGAUCAACCACUGGAAACCACUUUGGGUGGAGAUAAGGCAACAGUUAAUGAGAAGGAUCAGUCCUUGACUCUUUCUUCUGCUAAAGAAUUCAAUUUUGAUAAUGCAGAUGGAAGAGAUAAUGUAGUUGCUGAUUGGUGGGCUAAUGAGAAAGUUGCAGGGAAGGAGGGAGGGGCCUCCAAGGAUUGGUCCUUUUUCCCAAUGAUUCAACCUGGUCUCAGCUAACCAAUAAGGACUCACACUAUGGCUUCUUGUUUACCAAUUUGGCAUUGGUUU